CGCAUCUCUCACAUCCACCGGCGCUUCUUUUCAGGCGGAGUGGUGCGGCAGCUGGCAGUGCCGCGGAGGGAGACCAGAUCACAAAAAGAGGGCAGUGCGGCUUCUUAGUUUUGCCGGGUUUAUCGCAAAUACUAAGAGCAGUGCAUGAGACCGGCAUCCCUGCGAAAUGCACUCUUUUUCCGUCGACUUUCAUUUGACCAUUAAGUUUAUUCAGCAUUAUUAGGCGUAUAACGUUACAUAAACUAGAUGCUGCAACGAAUAACUUUUUAUAUUUUGACGUAAAAGUGUACGCGCAUUAGGUUUCUCGCCUGUCCGUUUAUAAUUGUUCGUUUUUCUUAAGACCCGUCUUUUGAUCACUGACAUCCUCGGCUCCAUCACUCUUAUUUUACCUGAAGAGAACAGACUGACUGCGCAACCAUGGGGUAUGGACGGUCAGAUAGCUACCGUGUGGCCACCACACAGGAUAAAGGUGAAAAACUUUCUGCCAAGAAGCAGGGAGCAAAGGAUCUUGAUGAUCUGAAAAAAGAAGUUCCACUGACAGAACACAAGAUGUCAGUGGAGGAAGUAUGCCGGAAGUUUCAGGCGGACAUUGUUCAGGGUUUGACUAAUGCUAAGGCCAAAGAGUUUCUGCUAAGGGAUGGUCCAAAUGCUCUGACCCCACCUCCCACAACACCCGAGUGGAUUAAAUUCUGUCGUCAGCUCUUUGGUGGUUUCUCCAUCUUGCUGUGGAUUGGAGCCAUUCUGUGUUUCCUAGCGUAUGCCAUUCAGGCUGCUACUGAAGAUGAGCCUGCUGGAGAUAACUUGUAUUUAGGUAUCGUGCUGUCUGCUGUUGUCAUCAUCACUGGAUGCUUCUCCUACUUCCAAGAGGCAAAGAGCUCCAAGAUCAUGGAGUCCUUUAAGAACAUGGUGCCCCAGCAAGCAUUAGUAAUCCGUGAAGGAGAGAAGAUGCAGAUCAACGCUGAAGAGGUGGUAGCAGGUGAUCUAGUAGAGGUAAAAGGUGGAGACCGAAUCCCAGCUGACCUUAGAAUCAUCUCUUCUCAUGGCUGCAAGGUGGACAACUCCUCCCUUACUGGCGAAUCAGAACCCCAGACCAGAUCACCCGACUGUACCCAUGACAACCCAUUGGAAACUCGCAACAUUGCUUUCUUCUCUACUAACUGUGUGGAAGGCACUGCUCGUGGCAUUGUGAUCUUCACUGGUGAUCGCACUGUAAUGGGGCGCAUCGCCACACUGGCCUCAGGACUGGAGACGGGGAAAACUCCCAUCGCCAAGGAGAUUGAGCACUUUAUUCACAUCAUCACAGGUGUGGCCGUCUUCCUGGGAAUCAGUUUCUUCAUUCUGUCCAUUAUCCUCGGAUACAGCUGGUUGGAGGCCGUCAUCUUCCUCAUUGGAAUCAUCGUCGCUAAUGUGCCAGAGGGUCUGCUGGCAACUGUCACUGUGUGUCUCACUCUAACAGCCAAGCGAAUGGCUCGUAAAAACUGUCUGGUUAAGAAUCUUGAAGCUGUGGAGACACUGGGUUCCACCUCAACCAUCUGCUCAGACAAGACUGGAACUCUGACCCAGAACCGAAUGACCGUCGCACACAUGUGGUUCGACAACCAGAUCCACGAAGCUGAUACCACUGAAGAUCAAUCCGGUGCUUCAUUCGAUAAGAGCUCUGUCACAUGGGUGUCUUUGGCCCGUGUGGCAGCUCUGUGUAACCGGGCGGUGUUCAAAGCGGCACAGGACGGUCUGCCCAUCCUGAAGAGAGACGUGGCGGGUGAUGCAUCUGAAUCCGCCCUGCUCAAGUGUAUCGAGCUGUCCUGUGGCUCUGUCAAGAUGAUGAGAGAGAAGAACAAGAAAGUAGCUGAAAUCCCAUUCAACUCCACCAACAAAUACCAGCUCUCUAUCCAUGAGACAGAGGACCCCAAUGAUAACCGUUACCUGCUUGUGAUGAAGGGGGCGCCAGAGCGCAUCCUUGAUCGCUGUUCAACCAUCAUGCUGCAGGGUAAAGAGCAGCCCAUGGAUGAGGAGAUGAAGGAGGCCUUCCAGAACGCCUACCUGGAGCUUGGUGGACUUGGAGAGCGAGUACUGGGAUUCUGCCAUCUCUUACUACCCGAGGACCAGUACCCAAAAGGUUUUGCCUUUGACACAGAGGAUGUGAACUUCAACACAGACAACUUGUGUUUCGUGGGCCUGAUGUCUAUGAUUGACCCACCCCGUGCUGCUGUGCCCGACGCCGUGGGAAAGUGCAGGUCUGCUGGAAUCAAGGUCAUCAUGGUGACAGGAGAUCACCCCAUCACUGCCAAGGCCAUUGCCAAGGGUGUGGGCAUUAUCUCUGAGGGUACUGAGACAGUGGAGGACAUCGCUGCGCGCCUCAACAUCCCCGUCAGUCAGGUCAAUCCCAGGGAUGCCAAGGCUUGUGUGAUUCACGGCACAGAUCUGAAGGACUAUACUCAGGAGCAGAUCGAUGAAGUUCUGAGGAACCAUACAGAGAUUGUGUUCGCUAGGACCUCUCCACAACAGAAACUCAUCAUUGUCGAGGGCUGCCAACGACAGGGGGCGAUCGUGGCUGUAACAGGUGAUGGUGUGAAUGACUCUCCUGCACUGAAGAAAGCUGAUAUCGGCGUUGCCAUGGGCAUUGCCGGCUCUGAUGUAUCCAAACAGGCCGCCGACAUGAUUCUUCUGGAUGAUAACUUUGCCUCCAUUGUCACUGGUGUGGAAGAAGGACGACUGAUUUUUGAUAAUCUGAAGAAGUCCAUUGCAUACACCUUGACCAGCAACAUCCCUGAAAUUACGCCCUUCCUGUUUUUCAUCAUUGUCAAUAUCCCUCUGCCCCUGGGCACCAUCACCAUCCUCUGUAUUGACCUGGGUACUGACAUGGUCCCUGCUAUCUCCCUGGCUUACGAGGCCGCUGAAAGUGACAUCAUGAAGAGGCAGCCAAGGAACCCUGCAAGAGACAAACUUGUGAACGAGCGUCUUAUCAGUAUCGCUUAUGGACAGAUUGGUAUGAUCCAAGCCCUGGGUGGUUUCUUCAGCUACUUUGUGAUUCUGGCUGAAAACGGCUUCCUGCCUUCUCUGCUUGUUGGCAUCAGACUCAAAUGGGAUGACCGCUCCAUGAAUGACCUGGAGGACAGUUACGGACAACAGUGGACAUACGAGCAGAGGAAGAUUGUUGAGUUCACAUGUCACACAGCGUUCUUUGUCAGUAUUGUGGUUGUACAGUGGGCUGAUGUCAUCAUCUGCAAGACCAGACGCAACUCAGUGUUCCAGCAGGGCAUGAAGAAUAAGAUCUUGAUAUUUGGGCUGUUUGAAGAAACAGCUCUCGCCGCGUUCCUCUCAUACUGCCCGGGUAUGGAUGUGGCACUCAGAAUGUACCCACUAAAGCCAAGCUGGUGGUUCUGUGCAUUCCCAUACAGCUUCUUAAUCUUUGUGUAUGAUGAAGUUCGAAAGCUGCUGCUCCGCCGGAACCCCGGAGGAUGGGUGGAAAAGGAGACAUACUAUUGAUCAACAAAUUAUCUUCUUUAUUCACAUUCCUUCAUCUCCCAUUUUCUUCUACUUCUCUCCUGACCAAGACAUGCAACCAUUCCCCCAUCAGAGGCAAACGCUUCAAACCAAUAGCACGUCUGUCCCAAAGAGGAGACCACGAAGCACCUUUCAGACUCUCGACCGUCCAUCACGCCCCCAUUGCCUAUAAUACUCUUUGCAUGUAUUUUCACACGGCUGUGUACAUACUAUAAUCUAAAAUUGGCAGCUGCAUAAUCAUUAUGUAGAUUCGAAAGGAGUAUUGAUGCGAAAAGAAAGUAUUUAAAUAGUCGUCCCUACACCAGUCCCUCACAUCUUCUAUUCAUGACUUUCUCUCUCCAUUUUCUCAUCUGUCCUACAGUAUAGUCACACACACGGAUACACAGAUCACACAAACUUGUUUGGUCUCAAUGCACACACCGGUAGAUUCUGUUUAACAUGAGUAUUUUGUUAAUAUUUUUGCAUGUAAAGUCAUUCUGUGUAUUCUAGUAAAUAUCUCAGUGGCUUUUAAUAUUGUUUUAUUUUCCAUUGAAGUUUAAUGGGAACAGUUUCAUUCUGUUUCUUACAUCAUUUCAUUUCUAUCGUCGUCUUUCUCUGUCGUUGGUGUGCUUGUUUGAUUGCUACAAUAAUCCAAAAAUAAGGUAAAACACUUCUGAUUAAAGUAAAUAAAGAUGUAUAUUGGAAAACAGAAACACAAAAAUUCUAGUAUAAGAUGUAUGUAUGUGCUCACAUGAAUGAAACACUGCAAUUAAGUAAAGUUUCAUAUCAAGUGUUACACAGCAAACCAGUAUGAUGUUAAACAGCAUCGUCACAAACCUAAACACCAGGUUGUAUUUCCUCGCUUAGGCCAGAUUUUCACAUAUUUGGCACAACUUUGAUCUCCCUCUCAUAUCAAGCAGAUAGGUAGAAAUCUGAGCGGUGCAUUUUCAAAAGAUUUCAUCAUCUAAUCUCUCUUUAUUUUGACUGACUACUCGAGCCUGGUGUGUGAAGGCUCAACAUCUGGUUUAUCAGAAGAUGCAAUCGGUUUGACAGUAUCAGGUCUCCGCUCUGUAUGUGCGUGUGUGUUUGAGGUGAGGGACAGUACGCUGGUGCAGUCACUUAUUGACAGGGUUCAUCUGACAGAAGUGUUGAUGUUAAGACUGAAGACAAGGAAAUAAAAUACUUCUGAUGUGUCUGAAAGAGGUCAACUCCAAUAAAACAUCUAGUACAUUUAAUACUA